AUGCAGAGAGUAUUCACUUUUGGAAAAGGUAGGACUGAAGGCAACAAGGGCAUGAAGUCCUUGAGAGUAUUCACUUUUGGAAAAGGUAGGACUGAAGGCAACAAGGGCAUGAAGUCCUUGACCAACUUCUUUGUCUUUGCAGCCAUGCAGAGAGUAUUCACUUUUGGAAAAGGUAGGACUGAAGGCAACAAGGGCAUGAAGUCCUUGGCUUAA